CCUCUCCCUGCUCUUUUCCUGCCGCCUAGCAACCCCCUUGCACUCCUAGUUUGUCUUCCUGGCUCUUAGAGAGGCGCUCCCUGGUAGUCGCUGAAACCAGAGGGUGCUCCCCUGAUGAAGGGCACACCACCAGCAGCCCAGAGACACCAAGACCAAGCCAGGCUUUAUUGGAUCGCUGACAGUCUUGGCUUUGGUGAGUGUCCACUGAGGUUUCAGCCAGCUCUCCGCCUCCUCCCUGCCACCAUCUGACUUGCCAGGACUUCUCUGUUGCUGAGGCUCCUUUCCAGGCCAGACUUGUUGCUAUGGCUUCACCAUUUACAAGAAACUUGUUUGAAAGUCAGAACUAAUGGAGCUGCAGUAUGUGGUCCCCACGGGCAGUUUGAGCUGCCAUGAGAGCCCCCCACUCAGCGCCUGCGACUCAGAGGCCCAGUCCCAGGGCCACCUCUUUGAUGGCCAUGUGACCUUGUCUGCAAAGCGGAAGGAUUUGCUGGACCUGGAACCUGGCCUCUUGACCCCUGCCUUGGGCACUUCCCACCAGCAUCCCAAGGAGCAAGAGGCACGACUUUCAUAAGGCCUUUCAGUGUUAUGAUGUACCCAGCUGGUCCUGGAUCCGGUGACUCCCCAGAAGGCUUCCCUGAACAACCGAGGCUCCAGCCACAAAUUGGAAAUUGCACAGCUCAGACGCAGGAUGCAUUCUUCACAUGUCGAAAAAAUGCCCUCUUGGCGAAGAGCUCGUCCCCCCAGGUAGAGGGUGACUUUGCCAUGGCUCCUCGGGGCCCAGACCAAGAGGAAUGUGAGGGCCUGCUGCAGCAGUGGCAAGAAGACGCGUCGAGCCAGGUGCUCUCAACAGUGAGCGAAGGUCUCCUAGUAGAUAAAGGACUAGCCCAGAGCAGCCUGGCACUCCUGAUGGAAAAUCCCGGAGAACAGGAUGCUGAUUCAGAGGACAAGUGGUCCAGCAGGCAGCUGAGUGACCUGCGGGCAGCAGAGAACCUAGAGGAGCCUUUCCCCGAGGUGCUAGGAGAAGAGCCACUGCCAGAGGUCGGGGGCCCAGUGUGGGCAGCUGUACCCAUACAGACUGGUCUCCAGUAUGCAGACUGUGCUGUCCUCCCAAUGGGUGCCCUGGCUGCAGAGCAGUGGGAAGAGGACCCUGCAGUGGUGGCCUGGAGCAUAGCACCUGAGCCUAUGCCACAGGAAGAGGCUCCCAUCUGGUCCUAUGAGGGCCUGGGGCAGUUGCAGCCUCCCCCAGUGGAAAUUCCCUAUCAUGAAAUCUUGUGGCGAGAAUGGGAGGAUUUCUCUACUCAGCUAGAUGCUCAGGGCCUGGAGGCAGGGGAUGGCCCUCAGUUCCAGUUCACUGUGAUGUCCUAUAACAUCCUGGCCCAGGACCUGAUGCAGCAGAGCUCCGAGCUCUAUCUGCAUUGCCACCCGGAUAUCCUUAAUUGGAACUAUCGCUUUGCAAAUCUCAUGCAGGAAUUCCAGCACUGGGACCCUGAUAUCCUGUGUCUCCAGGAAGUCCAGGAAGAUCAUUACUGGGAGCAGCUGGAGCCCUCUCUGCGAAUGAUGGGCUUUACCUGUUUCUACAAGAGGAGGACCGGGUGUAAGACGGAUGGCUGCGCUGUCUGCUACAAGCCCACAAGAUUCCGUCUGCUCUGUGCCAGCCCUGUGGAGUACUUCCGGCCUGGCUUGGAGCUCCUCAACCGGGAUAACGUGGGCUUAGUGUUGCUGCUGCAGCCACUAGUCCCAGAAGGCCUGGGAGAAGUCUCGGUGGCCCCAUUAUGUGUGGCAAAUACCCACGUCCUGUACAACCCACGCCGGGGUGAUGUCAAGCUGGCCCAGAUGGCCAUUCUCUUGGCUGAAGUGGACAAGGUGGCCAGGUUGUCAGAUGGCAGCCACUGCUCCAUCAUCUUGUGUGGGGACCUGAAUUCUGUCCCUGAUUCACCCCUCUACAACUUCAUCAGGGACGGAGAGCUCCAGUACCAUGGGAUGCCGGCCUGGAAGGUGUCUGGACAGGAAGACUUCUCCCAUCAGCUCUACCAGAGGAAGCUGCAGGCCCCACUAUGGCCCAGCUCCCUGGGCAUCACUGAUUGCUGUCAGUAUGUCACCUCCUGUCAUCCCAAGAGAUCAGAGAGACAUAAGUACAGCCGAGACUUCCUGCUACGUUUCCGCUUCUGCAACAUCGCCUGUCAGCGGCCUGUAGGACUGGUUCUUAUGGAAGGAGUGACAGACACUAAGCCAGCAACAAGGAGAAUGGAAAAAAGAAAUGUAAACUCCAUCUUUGAGAAUACUGGAGAUCUGAAGAUAUCUGAAACCAUGAACCACAACACAAGUGGAAUGGCUGCAAGAAGCACUGGAGAUCAUGGAGGGGUGCUGGAGGAAGUAUGGAGAGACUUAUCUGUGGGGCUAUAUGGAUUUUAUAAAGAACCAGCAAAAUGCAUUUCUCCAAGGUGAGGAGUGUACCUUGAGGCACAAAACCAAUAUCAUUGUUUCAUCAACAAGAAAAGGAUACACAGGUUGUGAUAGGAGAUUGUCUGAACCUGUUUUGGUACUAAGAGGCAGAGGAAGAAAGACGGAUCAAGGAAUGAAGCCACGUGUGCAUUAAGCAGUCUGAUUCAGUGUUGAGGGAAGAUGAGACGCAGAGCUGCAUAUCUCUCUUGGCUGGGGAGAAGUAAAGAUUAAAAGGACUCAUACACAACCCUGUGUCAUAAGGAAACUCCCUGUUACUUGGAAUGCAUACUCAGUUCUUCCCUUAUAUAAACUUUGUACGAAUAGCUGGUAGAGAAACCUCAACUAAUUCAAAGCUGGGCUGCCCAAAAGGAACCAGCAUAACGUAUUACAAGGAACCGUACUAAAAGACUACAAGAUGAUAAGGUGGAAGGAACAGGAAAAAUAAAAGGCAGAUAAAGAAUACUUACUUCAAAGGCAAAAUUUCUUGCCUUGGAGCAUAUGAAAAUUAUGACUAUUUUCCCAUUGAAUAAAAAAAUGAAGCAAUUGCCUUU